AUGACAUAUGUCUUUCAUUUAGGUAUACGAUCACAACUCCCACGUGUGUCAUAUAUCAAAGCAAUUGACGUAUGGAUGUCAGCAUGUCUGGUUUUUGUUUUUGCUGGUUUACUUGAAUAUGCAUUAGUCAAUGUUAUUGCACGUAAAGGUGAAUUAAGACAACAAGUUCGUUUUUCAAAAGAAAAAAAAAGUUCGGACAGACCACCGAAAUUAACUUUGAUUCAAAGACUACAGAAUGGCUCAUCUUUUGCUGCUGAGAGAGUUAUUGGUAAUCGUCUUGCUCAAGUACAUUUUUAUAAAAAAGAAGAUACACAUGGUAGUGGUGAAACAAUGGAAACACUUGUGCAUAAGUCAAGUAGCGGUGGUGUUAGCGGUGAUAGAAAUAUAAGUGGUAAUGCUACUUCACAUGUACAAUAUUCAUCUAUGUCAAAUGCAAAUGCAUCGUCAUCAACAACCCAACUCAAUCCAAUACCACAAGUUGUCUUGCCACAACCCGCUCGAAUAGCAAAAGCUGCUAAACCUAUUCGUGAUAGUGCACAAUUUAAAAAUAAACAACGACAAGUUCGUUUUGAUCUGCAAACAAUAUCUUGUCAACCUAUGAAAAUAAAAUGGACUAUUGAAGAAUUUAAUGAUAUAUUUAAACGAUUUCAAUGUUCAGUUACAGCUGAUUAUUGGCAAAGUCUAAAGAAACGUGUCUAUGAAAAACAUAAUCGUCAAAUUUAA